AUGACGUCGCCGGAUAUCUUGGGCAUACAGGCCUUCGAGACUGGACCAUUACUACAGGAGUGGUGGGAAUGGACGCUUGUUGCCAUCAUCAGUGCCAGUGGGCUUGUAGGAGUUCUUGCUUUCCUUUGGUACUCCUAUCGUUCCCUACGGACAUUGUUGAAGGGUGACGACUAUGAUCACAGCUUACCACGAUCGGUACAAGAACGAAUCCACCUAUUGUCGAACAGUUCGAGCGUCGUCCGCAAAACCCAUACCCUCCCCACAAAGCCGUCGACGUUUGGCGUAUAUCUGGGCCUUCUGAGCAAUCCAGUCACAUACGACGAAGCGCAAACACUUUCACAAUGGGACGUUGUAGUGUUGGAUUAUUGCGAGCCUGGGGUCUUGGAAGCUGUUAGCGACGAUAACGUUCCAAUGGGGCCUCACAUCGUCGCACGACUUGGUUUGGCCCAGAUAAUCACAUUCGCGACAACGGAUAGUGAACUGGACAUGUCGCGAGCGGUAUAUGUUCUGUCGUGGACCAUUCAGCGUACCUUGCGACAGCCGAACCAGAAAAGAUACUUCACAGGCGUUCUUGUCUCUGGCUGGCGAGACCGUAUAUCGGUGCCUCUACUCAACGGCUUGACGAAGCUCCUCAUCGCCUACGGUCUUGAUGUCUACUUGGAGAUUGAGGCUCCAGACUUCCUAGACGGUAUUCAGAAACUCGAUGUCGCGUUGUUCGCUGGCUUCAUCGUCCGCAAUGGGACGAUCAAGUCGAAUGGAGAGCGCCGAGACUUCUUCGAAAUGGACAAAAUGAAGACUACAACCAAAUCGUUUGUUUCUCAAGCCUGUCAAAGAUCGUUCGUAACGAUGAUGUGGGAUACAAUCGAAGACGAUGUCGAACUCUCGCACGCUGUGGUCAGGAGAGCCCACAUGUGGUGUAGCUACCACGGCGCCAUCCCAUACUUUCCGCGUCAGCGGGCUCUAUCGAACGUCGACGAGAUUGUUCCUUGUCAUGAGCCCUUGGCUGCUUUCCAGUGGCUCAAGCAACGAAGAGUCAUGGAAGUCCACGAGCGAUAUCGCAUGGCGCGAACACUUGCUCCCGGUUUCUCAAGUAUCAUCGACGAUUACCUCCCUUUACAACACAUCUUUCCUCGCCUUGCCGAUACGCUCGCUGGCCUCGACGCAACCGACUCUUCCGACGACAGCGACGACGAUGCGUCGAGCACAUGUACCGAUACUGUGCACUACCCCGAGAUCGACGAGAACGGAGCAAUGCUUGCACGAACACCUACAUCACCAGUAUCUUCUGGUCUGGAAUGGACACUGGCAAGGGAGAAGCAUAGCAGCGACCCACUGUCUUGCUCAUCCAACGGGUUGCCAUAUGGCUCUUUGGGAUGCUUUCCGAUUGGAUUGGACGCGUCAAUGACAGACUUUUCGCGUGUCAUUGAAUCACAAAGACGUCUACGGGAUCUGAAGCUGCUCAGCCGACUAUCAACCGCACAACUACAUUCUGUCGCCAAGAUUCUUCGAGACUAUUGCCACAGCAGCAGCCACUUCCUAGACUUGCUUCCAACGUCAAGAGAUGCCAUCUCAAAGCUUGUAGACGCCCUAGCUCGCACAAAUGACGACGCGGAGGACAACUAUCAACUACAAGUAUACUCUGCGCUUGACUCUGGAUUCCACACGCCUGGUGGUGCUCAGUUUUGGGCUGUCUGGGAACUGGAGCAGCGAACCCAAUCCGUCAUCAUGUACAUCUCCAAGUCGGUUCAGGAUCUCAACGCUGUCCUGCUUCAUACGCACUUGAGUAGGCUAGGCUUCUCCAGAUAUCAGUGCUUCUUAGCAGAGUAUGGCUUGACCGAGUUCAUGGCUGGGUCCUUCUCGCCUGAACGACUACCCGAGAGGCUACAGCAAGACCUAGAGCUUCUGUCGUCGACUGAUCUACUCCUGUAUCUGCAGCACAUGCAAUAUUCGGAGUGGGAUGAGGACUGCUCGUUGCUCUCAUCCAUACGGAAACGUUGCGAAGAGCUACUGAUUGAUGUACCGACGUACCAUCAGUUCAAGAAGCUCAGCAACGUGGACUACAUCAGUGGUAGCGUCACCGAUGAACAGCUGGUCAACGCGAAGCUCAAAUGGUACCGGCUGUCGCAUCUACCCACACUUGACGAGCGUGAUGCCCUAGAACUGUUCAGGGAAGUGGCAAGGGUGCUGGAUGAUAUAUUAUGGUCACGAGACCAUGAGAGGCUAGACAUCAUCACUUCCGCUGUCAACAACAUUACCAGCAGGGGAUCCUUAGAUUCGGCAGCUGACUUCGUGCUUUUCUGUGUCUUCUGCGCGGCAAGGAAAGCCGGGUUUGAGGAAGUGUACAUCGAGGUGUCGGAUCGGAAUCCCUUGUUCAACCAAUACUCAGAUCAAAGCGCAGCUUUUGCAGAGCUAUUCGCGCUGGGAUCAAGAUGCGAGGCAUACUUUGACAUCAAACCCAGCGACAUCGGCAUAUUGCUAUCGGAGAAGCAUAGGAACUACUACAAUCAGGAGGAACAUCAACCUCCGAUGUGGAUCUUUAACGCGCCAUCGUUUGCUUCCGCUUACGCGGCAGCUCAGACCGAUAUCGAUCCAGAGCAAAAGCCUUCCGUGAUGCCCGCAUAUCGCCGCUUUACCUUCCUCAGUGUCUUUGCAAUUCCGGCACUGGUGGACAUCAUCUUACUAUCUACGACUGGUCACGGACUGUAUCUGAGUAUGCGCAUGGAGGAGGAACAACGAUAUUAUGCAACACUGGCACUGAUGUGCUCAUUGCUCCUCUCUGGUGCGAUUGGAACCUGGAUCUCCAUCGGAGGCACCUACUACCUCAUCUCAAUGGCAUUCUCAGCCGCCAAUAUGUUCGUGCUCACGCGCCUGGUUGGUGGUCUGGCAUUCACUUUUGCCGGCUGUCUUCUUGGUUUCAUUAUAAUCUCAGCUGUCGUGGGUCCAGGCCUUGGAGCGGUGUUCGUCUUCUACCUUUUCGGCCUCACAACAUACCUCACCGUGCUUGCCGUUCUCUCCACAUAUCAGGUUCCCGGGUCCAGUUUCCUCAAUGGUCGCAAAGUCAUCAUCAUGGUAGUGCCGACAUUAGUGAUAUCCCCUCUGUUGACCAUUUUCAUUCCGGACUACGACAUUUACAUCUAUCCAGGAGUUCUCUACAUAUUCAUCACCUUGCUGAUCCUCGGUACUCGGCACGUUGCGACGCAAUGGGUGACCUGGUAUCACAAUAUCAAGACGCUUAACGAUGCUGACAUCAAGGAUUGGUAUGUGAAGCGCUCAGCCAAGGAGAAGCGUGUCACAGGCGGUAUCCAUCCGAAAGAUCGAUCGAGCAAAGGUCCUCAUACCGCGUCCAAAGUUUGCGAGUCUGACGCGCCUUCUUCAACAACAUCGAUCAGUGCCGAAGACUUGUUCUACGGCAUGAGUGAGCCCGCAAUCUUGGCUCUUUGCCGCAAUGCGCUACACGUCGCAGUUUUGAAGGAAACCGUACGCCGCUUUUGGCAGAAGCCUACGAAUGAUACCUUCGUCCGACAGCUCGCAGGUUGCUGGGACUCCACGCUAUUUUUACUGGACUGGUAUGCACGCAUUACCGACACCAAACGACCCAUACCAUACAGUUCAACCUGGAAUCUCGAAACGCAAGUGGCGCUCGAAAGCAUGCAGCAGUCGCAAAAAGGUAUUCGCCUUCACAACUCCUUCAUCCAUUGGAGGACCGCUGGAGACGAAAUCUACUGUGGUAUACUCUACUUCCUCGUCGCGCUCAUGGAUCGAUGGCUCGAUCUUGUACGCGGCGGCGACCAACUAGUCGGAUUGCUAACCGCCGCGGACAACGACACACUUCGCCUCUCAGUCGGCUUCGGUCUUGCAUACUACCUCAUUGGAGCUGUACUACUUGACUAUAAGGCUCAACACUUACACACCAUGUCUGAGCAAAUGUCUCCAGUCUCGAUCAAGGACGCACGCCAGAUCGACAAAGCCAAAUCCAACGAUCUGAAAUUCAGGCGACACUUGUACCUGAACACCUUGUGCCGAUUUAUCGGUGUCCAUGUUUGGGCCCUGGCGGUAUGUGCUGCACUGAUCUGGAUUUUCAAUGGCUCCUCAGCCGGUCUCAUCAUAUUCCUGGCUUAUGUUGGCGCAUAUACUGGUCUACUCCUCUACCAGUACAACAAGAUUUUCUCCGGACCACAUGCACUAAUGCCACUCCUGGCAGCAGUCAUUCUCGGCUUCGUAACUGGCAACAUACUCAUCACGGUCUUACCAGGUUUCAUGUACAACAAGAUCAUUGCACUUGCUGUCUCAACCUGGACGGCAGCUCUUCUCUCGUUCCGGACUGCCAAGCUAGGCAUGCCCGACUUGCUCCACGUGCGCACCUGGAUGUCGAACCUACUACCAGACACCGAGCAGAACAAGGAGCCCACUAACUCGACCGAGAUGUCUAGCUUGAGCUGCGUCGCGUCUCGAACUGAAGAUCGUUCAGCCAUCGACGAGCGAUAUCGCGCCUAUAGCGGCACUGGUGGUGAUGCGGAGUUCAGUCAAAGUGAGCUCCACGCGUACUGCAGCAAGCUGCGGGCUGCACCCAAGGAGAACAGGUUUCGCGUGCAUCCCAAUGGUCAGCCUGGUGACCAGAUCUGCGCUAUCCUACUAUCAUGCACCCACGAAAACCUCUCUAGGCUUGCCAUGCAAGCAUUCCCGACUAUGCCCUUUCUCAUCCAGCGGAUUGUUCUGGCGUGGAAGAACGAAUCUAUCAAAGUCUUCAUCGUUCCUAUGCAAGCUGUGGCUGGGGUUGAUUGCCACCUACGGGCGAUCUCGCAUUAUACAGGCGGACGUCUCACGCUUUACGUCGCUUCGGAUGCGAAGGGAUCUGGCUCAAAGCAGAUGAACGUGAGCAGCAAUAGUGCAAUCAUUGCCGAGACGUUGCUACACGCUUGUUCAGAGACCAUGUUUGGCAUGCCGCACUACCAGGCUGAGAUUACAGAAUCAAUGCUUGCCUGCCGGGAAAGCGACUGUGGUUUUUACGCCAUAUCAGAAUGCAGCAAGCGGUCGAUGCCCGAGCUUAUCGUGGGACCGAAAGCCCUAAGCUUUGAAACUGCACUUCGCAAAGACCUCUUGCGAAAUUUAUGCCUUGGUUUCGACUGCGAAACUCAAUGGGACGACCUUCCGCUCGAGAUUCGACGCCUCUUUCUCCGACGAUGUGUUGGCAUCCGCGCACCUUAUACGAACACGGAAAUGGCCUGGAUCAACGCCAACGUUCCAACAGAAAGCUCUUGUACAAUCUUGUCGUGCAUCGCGCGAUAUGACCUCGGCGCGUAUUUGACGGUUGUCAAGUAUAGCUUCUUCAAGAACCGAGGCGAUCAGGCUCUCACUGAGAAAGAGUACCGUCAAAUGACCGCGGACAUCCAGCAGGCGUAUCAUCCAGUCUUGAAUCACUCCGCUGUUUCGAUUCUCAGCAUCUUUACCGAAUACGUCCGUCUGCCGAUUGCCUAUGUCUACCACUCUGCUGGAACCUGGGUCAAGUUCUUCUUCCUCGCGUGUAUGGCCGACCCCGAAUACCAGCGCGAGUUGAACGGGGCCUUGAUACAUACACCGCGUCCUAUAGCAGCGUCCGCCACCUUUGUCCUUACGGGCUUAUGGAUAUACAGUCGGGUUGCGAUGUCCGUCGCUUUACCAUUCUUCCUGUAUCAUCGCCGCAAAGACAUCGCAGGUCUUGCUGGGACAGUGAAGGGUAGUUUGAUCGUCCAGAAGAAGAACCGCUUGAUCAUUCGAAGCUAUGGAGAUACUGAGACAGCGUUCAUUCAUCCCAUCAAAGCCAGCGGAGUCAAAUUAAUGUUCUAUGCGGGUGAUCUGGAACAAGAGCCUACUUGGGGCCAUCUCCGGGUUACAUACUAUGACGAAGAGAUGCGCAUCACGUUGCGUGAAGACUACAAGAAUGGCGCGGUUACCAAUGAGUUUGUCUACGAGUAUGCAUUGAAGCAAUCCCAACGCAAGACAAAGAUCUCAAAGGUCAAGCAGAGUAGGGUGCCCCUAAGCAGGACCUGCCGCAGCGGCCAAGAUGAGGGUGCCAAGGUUAUCUACAACCGGAAGGGCCACAUCGAGUCGGGAAGCUAUAUCAACCACAAUAAUCUGGUCCGUUUCAAGUAUCAUUAUCGCAAGAACGCCAAAUACGACGACGAGCUUCUUCGCGCCGAAUUUGUUCUGCCGCAUAUGUCAGCCAACGUCAGUUGGUGUGCACCUCCUGUUCGUCACGCCGAGAAGAUGGAGCGCUGGAUACCCACUCCUCGCGUCCACGAAGCGACAUUCGUCCAAGGAGCCGACGUAUAUGAAUGCUCAUGGCUCUAUGAUCACAAGUUCCAUCCAACCAUUACCACGAAGCUCAACGGCGCGCCAGUCGACACCCCGGAUAUGAUUCGUCAUGAUUGGCUUGGCGUACUGAAGAAGCCAACUCGAUGCACUUUCGCCGACGAGAACCCCCUGCUGGCCUUCAAGUCCCCAUCUUCCAGCCUGUUCAGUCGGAUGCUGCGAACAAACAUCAAACAACAAGAGAUUUCGACGUCCAGGGCUCGGUCCCAACUUUGGAAAGCCUGGAAGAAGCGAAACGAUCUGGAUGGUGUUGUCAUCCGGUGGGUAGAUGAAGAGUUGAUCCGCAAAGAAGCCCUCCUCCGACCAUAUUGGAGACGGAGAGAUCGCGGUAGUCUCGUGAAGGCGGAAGACUAUCUGGCAAUGCACGCCGAUGCCAUCAUGGCCAGCUCAGAUCUCACAAGCGACAUUAGCGCAUGGACGCCACUUGCAAUUCGAAUGAGUGAUUUGUUCAGCUUUGGCCAGGGUGGGGAUGCCGUUAUCUUCACCAGAACCAAAGCACUACAACGCGACACUGACCGCAACCUACAUGUUAUCGCUGUCGAUACUGGUACUUGGCCAAAUGAAGGCGGUGGUGUCUCGGCGUGUCGUCGAGAUCUCAUCAACAACUUGCGCACCAUCAAAUGGCACAUGGUCGUCGAAUCGGCUAACGACUUUGGCUUGCCGAAGCACCAAACUGAAGAGAACGUUGAGUCACUCAAGGUGAUACCACUGUGGGGGCUGGACUUCAUGCAUCCGAACCAUGGGAUGUUCACCAACAAGCUGGACAGCGAGGUCGACCAUCUGGUCAAAGCAGCAACAAUAUCCGACAUCGAGACGAACUUCAUUCCGACCUUGACUGCCCUCGUUCGCGGCGCUCGAGCUACCACAAUGACGUCAGCAGACGUCAAGCAAGCGACGCGUGCUUUGGUCAACCUGAACACAUACUUCCAAGAUUCGCGCCACUGGAAAGAAGUCUGGACAAGCGAUGUGGUCAAAGAUACAUGGAGGAGACUGUGGCUCGAUGAAGCCAUCCCGAACGCGCAACCGCCCUCAGAAUGGUUCCGUACUGAGCUUCCAACGCUCAAUCACUUCGAUACCGCGCUAGAGCUGUGGUUCCGAUAUCUAUUCAUUUUCUCGAUCCCCAUCCCCGAAAAGAUACCCCACGUCUUCCAAGCCUCGCACCACAGCGUGUCAGCAUCCUACGGGAUCGUUUGCAAGCUGAAGCGCAACUGCACACUGCAAAUCUGGGAUCAUGCAAUCUCCUGGCGUGAGACUAACCUCUACCUCUCAUCAGCGAUGUGCACCCUACCGCCCUUCAUCCGAAACUCGCUACUGGGUCUAAUGAAGUUGACAUCUUGUCUCAUCUUGCAUCACGCCGAUCAGAUUCUUCCCUGUGCAGACUUCUUCAACCCCGGCUGGGAGGUGGAGAUCGGCAGCGCAAAGGGUCAACUCACCCACCGCAACGUGUUUCGUCGGAAGGUCGAUCCCAUCGUCAACGGUAUUACCGACAUGACCAAGUUCUCUCCGGUGACCGAGAUCAAGACGAAGACGCCGACAGUAACCAUGCUGUCCCAUGUCUGGUUUGCGAAAGAUAUCAAAACAGCCCUCCUUGCAGCAGAUAUCAUAACGAACGAGUGGGGCUUCAAGGACUACAAGCUCGAUAUCUACGGAGCUCUCAACAAGUCGCCCGUCUACUCCUCUGAAUGUCAAGAGAUCUUGGCUUGCAAAGGUCUUGGUCAGAACGUAGCGAUGCGCGGCACUGCAGACCCAGCGAUGGUUCUCGCAAAUACUUGGUUGUUCCUCAAUUCCUCCGUUUCGGAAGGACUGCCGCUUGCGCUCGGAGAAGCGGCGCUUACUGGGGCACCAGUCGUGUGCACCGAUGUCGGCGCGUCGCUGCGCGUGCUCACUGAUCCCGACGACGGCAAACGCUACAGCGAAGUUGUGGCACCCAAUGAUGCAUACGGUCUUGCACGAGCGCAGAUCAACCUGCUGGCUAUGCUGGAUGAGUGGGCACAAUAUGCUGAUGAUGACGCUGGGGUAGCGGCGCCUAUCUUGCCUCACAAGCCCACACCAAAAGACGUGGAGAUCAUCACGCGCCGAAUGUAUGAGAAGUCUGAACAUCGACGAAAGCUGGGGAUGAUGGCUCGCAAUAUUGUCCAGAAGUCUUUCGGUGGUGAGCGCUACCUUCGCGAGCACGAGCAGAUGCUCUGGAUUGGUAAAGCCUGCUAUGAGAUGCUGGAUCUAGAGAAGCGGAUACCACCUCCAAGAAACCCAGCGCGCAUGCUUUCGCUUCGUCGUAGUCUGCCACGACUUCAUCAACGGGAUACUGCAUCGAGUCACAUGUUCGAUGCGCAGAUGGAAAAGAUGAUGCACCCGCGUCCGUACGCACCAAGACGAACAUCAGCAACAACAUCGUUUUCGUCAGUGUACAUCGACGAACCUUCGGGCUCCUCAUCGACUUACUCGGACCCCAUCUGGGAGCACGAAGAAUGGGACUUGCACCAUGAGUCGCCCGAAUCGUCGGUCAAGUACGAGAACUCUGAUACUGAUGACUGGCCGAUACCAGCCGUAACCCGUCCCACGAGACCGUACUCGGGUGUCAGCGCGAGCUCAAUUUCGCCUGCUGCUAAAGGAAAGCGACCCGCCCGGUAUUCGUAUUACGGACAUGAAAGCAAUCGAGUUUUUAAGCCGGCAUCACCGAACGCGAAAAUGGAUCCAAAAAGAGCGGUGCUUAUGCGUCAAAGUCUGGCCACGACAGAGAGUGCGCGGAGUAGUAUGCGAACGAGGAGUCACUUGAAUGAAGUAGAGCUUGCUGAGUAUGGGAAUGUGGAUGGACGGUUAUGA